AUGGAGCAAGACAGUCAAAUAAACGAUGUUUCUGAGUUGGAUCCACCCCCACCAGCAUUUUCAAAUCAGUUGGGAAUUCCAACAUCUUUACUGUAUAAUGGAUCACGAUUUCAAGGCCACCAAAAAAGCAAAGGCAAUCGCUACGAUGUGGAAGUUGUUCUGCAGCAUGUUGAUGAAGAAAAAGCUUUCCUAUGUGGUUAUUUGAAGAUCAAAGGUCUUACAGAAGAGUACCCAACUUUGACGACAUAUUUUGAUGGUGAAAUUAUUAGCAGUCGGCAUCCUUUCUUGACACGAAAAUGGGACGCUGAUGAGGAUGUUGAUAGAAAACAUUGGGGCAAGUUUGCCUCCUUUCUUGCAUGUGCCAAAAAUUUUAACGCAGACAACUUUGAUUAUGAGGCUCUGAAGGCAUCCGAUUUUGUAUACAUGAGAUGGAAGGAACAUUUCCUGGUGCCAGAUCACACAAUUAAAGACAUCAGCGGAGCAUCGUUUGCUGGUUUCUACUACAUCUGCUUUCAGAAGUCUUCUGCUACGAUAGAGGGAUAUUAUUACCAUCGAAGUUCAGAGUGGUUUCAGUCUUUAAAUCUGCAGCAUGUUCCAGAGAGAAACACAGGGGUUUUCCAGUUUAGAUGA